GGCGGUCGGGAGCGCGGGAACCUGAGGAGGCAGCAACAGCAGGCGGGUGCCCCACUAGCCUCCCUCCCCACCCGCAGGAGAGCCCAGCUCCCCGGCAGGGGGAGGGAAGGCCCGCGUGCUGCUGCAUCGAGCAUGCGUAUUAAGGGGGGAGGGAUGGCGGGGGGAGGCGGCUGCUGUUUAUUUGCAGCUGGCCCGGCAGAGCGGUGGCAGAGCGCGAGCGGGCAGCUCCUCCAGCUCGUGCCGCCUGUGGGGCGCGAUGCACGCGUGGAGAGGCGAGGAGGAGGAGGUGGCGGCGGCGGCAGCAGCAGCAGCAAAGGGAUGCCCCGCGGAGGAAGUGAGCUAGCUAGCCCGGCAGCAGCAGCAGCAGCAGGAUGGGGAUGGCGUCGGCGGGCGGCAGCCGGAGCAGCAGGGAGUCACGAGCGCCUCUGCACCACCAGCAACGGCGGCCGCCUUGGGCUUCGGCUGCCCGGCCCAGGCGCUGCUGCGGGGCUGGCGCCGGCGCUGCGCUGCUGGCCGCCGCCUGCUACUGGAACUCGCUGCGCGGCGAGUUCGUGCACGACGACGUGUGGGCGAUCGUCAACAACGCGGACGUGCGGCCGGGAGCCCCCCUGGCGGCCGCCUUCGCCAACGACUUCUGGGGCAAGGGCAUGGCCGAGAACACCAGCCACAAGUCCUACCGCCCGCUCUGCAUCCUCACCUUCAAGCUAAAUAUAUGGCUGGCUGGUAUGAACCCCUUCUUCUUCCAUGCCGUGAAUGUAAUCCUGCACUGCCUGGUGACACUUGUGCUGAUGUACACUUGUGACAAAGCUGUUUUCAAGGACAGCCGUCUUGCUUUUGUCACAGCUCUCUUCUUUGCUGUCCAUCCCAUUCACACUGAGGCCGUAACUGGUAUAGUAGGCAGAGCAGAUGUCCUGGCCUGUCUACUAUUUCUGUUGGCUUUUCUCUCCUAUAAUAGGAGUGUGGAUCAGCUUUAUGUUGGGGAACAUUUCCCUCCCACUGCCUCUCUGUCCUUUUUGCUGCUUAGUUUAUUUCUUGGGACCUGUGCAAUGCUGGUAAAGGAAACUGGAAUCACCGUGUUUGGGGUCUGCUUGGUGUAUGAUGGCUUCUUGCUUUCACAAAAUAGACUCCAAUUAAAAAAUGGAGGUGUGCAUCAGAGGACUGCACGGCAGCCUACUGCUCCCUUGCACUCUCCGCUGCAGCUUCCGUCAUCCAGCAGGGAGAACGGGAAGCACCGCAUUGCUCACAAGGGAACGUGGAACUCCUGCCACCCUGCCUCCCCGGAAGAACAGCAACACAGCAGCCUUUCUGUCCUGAGCAAAACUGUGUGGGCUCUACUUAGUUAUCUGACUACAAGUAACAAACAGAAGUUUUUGUACACCACAAAACCUUUUUUAAAGAGGGCUGCCUUGGUACUUACCUAUGCGAUCCUACUUCUGUAUUUUCGUCUCUGGAUAAUGGGAGGUUCCAUGCCAGCAUUUUCAGAACAGGACAACCCAGCAUCAUUCUCACCAUAUCUUCUUACAAGGUUUUUAACUUAUUCCUACCUCCUGGCCUUCAAUGCCUGGCUUCUGCUGGCUCCAGUUACUCUGUGCUAUGACUGGCAGGUUGGGAGUAUCCCUUUGGUUGAGUCAAUCUGGGACGUGAGGAAUUUAGCCACCAUUCUCAUGGCAGCAGUACUGCUGCUGCUGGGUCUGCAUUGCCUAGUAGCAUUCAAGAAACUGGAACACAGAGAAGUUCUAGUUGGCCUGUUGUUCCUGGUUUUUCCCUUCAUACCAGCUAGCAACCUCUUCUUCAGGGUGGGAUUUGUGGUGGCAGAGCGCGUCCUGUAUAUGCCUAGUAUGGGAUAUUGCAUCCUCUUGGUCCACGGCUUAAACAAGCUUUGCAUGUGGCUAAAUAAAUGGAGAGUCAGUGCAAUGACCAUCUCGGCUUUGCUGCUGCUGUUCUUCUCUUGGAAGACUGUGAAACAGAAUGAAAUCUGGUUGUCAAGAGAGUCCCUCUUCAGGUCAGGAGUGCAAACUCUGCCUCAUAAUGCCAAGGUGCACUACAACUAUGCCAAUUUUUUGAAAGACCAGGGUCGUGACAUUGAAGCCAUCUACCACUACAAAACAGCACUCAAGUUGUACCCACGUCAUGCAAGUGCCCUGAACAAUCUUGGGACAUUGACCAAAGACCGGGCAGAGGCAAAGGAGUACUACAGUAGAGCCCUCCAGUUAAAUCCACAGCACAAUCGAGCUCUCUUCAAUCUUGGAAAUCUGCUCAAGUCCCAAGGGAAGAAGGAGGAAGCUGCUCUCUUGCUGAGAGAUUCCAUUCAGUAUGGACCAGACUUUGCAGAUGCCUACUCCAGCCUUGCUUCACUCUUGGCUGAACAGGACCAAUUAAAAGAAGCUGAAGAAGUGUAUCAGGCUGGAAUAGUGAAUUGCCCAGAGAGCUCCGAUCUGCACAACAACUAUGGUGUAUUCUUAGUUGAUACUGGAUCUCCAGAGACUGCGGUUUCCCAUUACCAGAAGGCUAUCCAGCUGAGCCCCAGUCAUCAUGUGGCUAUGGUGAACCUGGGCAGGCUUUACCGCUCAUUGGGGCAGAACAAAGAUGCGGAAGCUUGGUACAAACGGGCGCUGAAAGUAGCCCAGAAGGCUGAAAUCCUAUCACCUCUUGGAGCUCUAUAUUACAACACUGGGCGAUACGAAGAUGCAUUAAAGGUCUACAGGGAAGCUGCUGCACUGCAGCCAUCCAACAAGGAGACCCGGCUGGCCCUGGCUCAAGUUUUAGCGAUGAUGGGGCAAACCAAGGAAGCAGAACAAAUGACCAAUCAUAUCGUAACUGAGGAGGCAGAGUGCCUGGAGUGCUACCGCCUCCUUUCAGCCAUCUACAGUAAACAGGAGAACUACAACAAGGCACUUGAAGCCAUAGACAAAGCUCUACAGCUGAAACCAAAGGACCCAAAAGUCAUAUCGGAGCUUUUCUUCACUAAAGGAAAUCAGCUAAGAGAACAAAAUCACCUGGACAAAGCUUUUGAGAGCUAUAAAGUGGCUGUAGACUUCAACCCAGAGCAAGCACAAGCCUGGAUGAACAUGGGAGGGAUUGAGCAUAUCAAGGGUAACUACAUUACAGCACGUGGCUAUUAUGAGAAAGCCUUACAGCUCGUUCCAAAUAGCAAGCUGCUGAAAGAGAAUUUGGCUAAACUGGAUCGCUUAGAGAAACGGCUGCACGAUGUUCAAGAGAGAGGAUAAUGAGAAUAGCCAGAUGAAUGUACGCCUUUUUGGAGACGAGGGAAUGCCGUGGAAGCCCCAAUUUUCUCAUAAGACAGAAGUAGCCUGCAAGGAGCUGGUGGUAGUGGUAACUCAAAAUACGAAAGGCACUCUUGGGAAUCCCUCUUGAGUCACUAAAGCUAUGGGAGUCCUGCUGCUUCUCGUUGAAUGUGCUACAGAAUGGGUGAAAACCUCAUUUAAUCCAGAUUUAAGUUGGAUUUGCUGCGUAUUACUACCAUUCGUGAAUAGUGCAUAUAAUGUCCAGGUCUCUCGCUCGUUAAAAAUAGAAAGUGCUGGGAUGACUGUGGGAAGUAAAGUGAUCCACCUGCUACAGCAAAGACUGAAAUAGACUGAAACAUGCCAAAAGGGGUACUUUACCUUUGAGGGCUCUGAUUGGCCCAGAAGAUAAUGGCAGCAGCCAAUAAGGAGGGGAAAGGUGGUGGCAGCUAUCACUGUGGGAAAGAGCAGCCAUCUUCUUUCUAGGCCCUCACAAGGACUCUGGUGGUAAUUCCUGAGAAAUAAUUGCCUGUCUUCAUCUAAGGAGGAGGUGGCUGGUGCCGCUGGUUCUCAGCAGAACAUGUUGCUUCUAAGAGCAAUCCCAGGAGAGACCUUCCCCAUAAGAAAAAUCAUUUUUUGGUGAUUGACAUUCAAGAUAUCACAGCAGUGAUAGGAGUUCAGAUGAGUUUGCUUUUCUCAUAAUAGCUUUUUGUGGGGAAUUAAGUAGGGUCAUCUGAUGAAAAAACGAGCUCUAAAAACAGCCCAGAUGGCCGACCUCAUAUCAGUGAUAUUGGGAGGUCACAGUUGCUCCUGAAAAACAAUCAAGUUGCUGACAGUAUGAGAGCUGAGAUCCAAAGAGCCCAACCUCGCACUCGCACAUAAGCUUCGCACAUAGGAGGUUGCAUCCUGAAGCAUCCCCAGUUUCUUUUUCCAACAGUGCUGCUUGAAAAGUGACAUAGGAGGUUGCUGUGGAGGCCUCAGAAGGCCCUGCUACACACACAGAAGCGCCCCAUUUGGCCCUUUGGAUCUUGGCUAAAAACCGAAAGAGCAGAAUUGCUUUAUCUGGCUACAAAGCUUUUGGACUGGUCUGUGUAUAAGACUUAAGAGGAGUGGAAGGGACUUUUUCAGACGCCUCUUUUUUCCAUGUGGAGAUUCAAUUCCCCCUUCCCUCAUCAAUAAAGAAUAUCAGACCAUUCAAAUACGAUAGUGGAGAAGAAAGUUCAUAUCACAGGGGACUGAGUGUUUAUUUUUGAGCAUUAUUUAUUUAACAUAAGAAAAAGAUAGAUAGAUAUAUAGGUCACUUCUCUGUGUGGAUAAGAGUUAGACAACAUUUUUCAUGACUGAAAAUGUAGCUAAACUUGUGGCUGCUGCUCUUAUUUUUAUGAAGCUAAAGAAAGUUGCAGCCGCAAGGGAGGAAUGUAUGUGAAUAAUUCUGUUAUUUUUAGAGCAAUGGGGUGCCCAAGAGCAUGGUAGAUUGUUUCUCUCUCAACUCUUGUGAUGGCUCUGUUGAUUGCAUCGUUAAGUCCUGCUAAGAUGAGGAUUCCACAUGCUCGUUAAAGAGCUUGGAAGUAAUGUGCACUGAUGGGGCGCAUGAUGUUAGUGAAAGGCCCUCUGGCAACCAAGCCAUUAUGCACUGAGUUAUAUGAACAGGAUUGCCAAGACCUUGAGUGAAGGGAAGCACCAGACCCGUUGUAAGCAUCACAAGAUGGCUGCAAUCAGGAAAUAGGCAGCAGUGCUUUACCAAAUGAUGUGGCUUUAUCAUCCAGUUUGUUUCUACCUCUUGCUAGAAACUGGCCUCAGAGAGAGGCAUGCUUCUGAGGCGUCUUACGAUUCCUGUCAAUGAGGGAACACAGAUGACCAUUUACCAAUGGAUAACUUGCCAUAAUAUGCAUGUCAGCACGAUGUUAUUUGUAUCAACCUGCCAAUUAAUGAGGGGAAAUUUUGCCACAUUUCAACAGUUGAUCAGAAAUCUGGGGAGUGGUAAAUGCUCCUCACCAUUGGAUAGGACAAUAGAUGGUACUGUUUGGUAAUUGGUUGUCACCAAUAGUUGUUUUCAAAUGGCUGUUUUGGGAAACGGACAUAACGUUGAAAUGCCUCAAAUGAUUCCAAAAUGGCAAAAAUAGGGACAUUACGGUCUCUAGAACAUUAACUAUUAACUUUACCCUGAGUGGCCUUAAAAGUUAGAAAGCUAGUGUGGCCCAGCAGAUAGAGAGCUGGAUUUUGAGCUUGGAGACCUGGGUUCAAGCCCCACUUCUGCUAUGAACUUGGGGGCACUAUAACUCAGCCUUAGCUCCCUACUUCUAGAGACUAGAUAUAGUAGUUGCUUAAUGCAUAUUGUUGUUGUGAGGGCAAAUGUAGUAAGACUAAAAAUUAAAAAUGCUGUAUAAAGAGAUGAUAAAUCAGAAAAAGUCUCAAAAUGACUUAAUUUCAACAUACAGGAGGAUAGAAGGGUGAUGAUGUUGUUGAUGGGAUGGAAGAAAAGUGUAAGAGAUUUGUAUAACUAGGUAAAUAUAAUUAUUUAUAAUUCUACAUAUCAGGCUCAUAUAUCCAGAAAGUGGACAUUGAGUUAAGUUUUAUUUUUGUUUGUAAGUUAAAGGAAAAGAUAUGUAUUUUUUUAGAGAAUGGUUUCUGGGAAAUCUGUCUUCUUGAAAUUAGAUGAAACAAGCUUUCUGCUGUGACCACAAUAAUGGCUGAUCAGAACCAUCCUGUCUCAGUAUCAUUUCCACCUCUUCCAGCAGAGUAAAUCAUCUGCACAUAUUAAUUCAUCCAAAUAUAUGUACAUUUACCUUUACUUGGUAUAAGAGGAAGACAACUGAGAGAUGGAAUGCUAAAAGCAGCUAGAUAAUUAACUGGUUUAAAAUUGGCCAGGUAUUAGUUCUAGAUUUGGGAAAAUUUGUAGACAGGGGCACAAUCAAAAUGUAUUUAGGAUCAAUUGUGGCUUCAGAAAGGCUGGUUAAAAUAAGCAUCAGAGAAGUUCUGAUGGGUGGCUUGAUUGGGAAGCAUCUGUGGACUUUCCAUUCCAGCUGCUCUGCUUUGGCUUUGAUACAUUUGGCCUGCAAGCUUUGGGGAUGAAAAUCAUUUUUAUUCCAGCCUUCUUGCAGCUGCCUUUCACAGGGUUAAUAUCAAAGUCAAUGAGCCCCGGUUCAAGUCAUGUACAUGCCCCCAACACACAGCAGCCAUAUGUUAAGGCUGUACUGAAUAACAAAUGCAAAUGGAUGUCUCCCUUCCCCCACCCACCAAAAAUAAAUAAAUAAAGCCAGAAUGUCCAGAAGUUCCUUUUUGCUUCUGCCAUCCAGGCACAAUGCAGUUGCUCUGUAUUUUGUAAAGGCACAUACAGGCCAGACUGGGCUAUACAACAUACAAAGCAUAUAGCACAUCUGGAAAAAUUAGAUCGGAAUUAUUUUAGAUGAUGCUUGCUGCCUGCUCCCACCUGUCCUGCCGUAACAGUUUACAGCCUAAAAACCCAUGCUAGUGAAUCCGAUAAUACUCUAGUGCUGAGUUCUCUACCCUGGUGCAGUGGUUGCAAUUUUGCCAAGACUAUUGUUGACUAAAACGUAUGUCACAAAAGCAGAUGUGUAAUCACAGUAGUGGAUCCAUUGCCUGAGGCAAGCCCUUUGCUUGGUGAAUCAGGGCCACCAUGUGAAAGACUCAUUUUUAAGUGCCAAUAUAACUUGGUCUAAUGAGUUCGUCAUCCAGUUUGGAGGUACUACUGGAGCAGGGUAAUUAGUAAUAAAAUUGAUCUUAUUUUAGUAGAUAUUUUAAAACACUUCCCUUUCCUAUAGUUUAUAGGCUAAAUACAACUGUAAAUACUUUGGUUCGGUUCCUUUUCGGCUACCACCAUAUACAGCAUCUAUUACAAAUGUCUCUUGCAUUAAAAGAUGGUUGGUGGAUAGUCCUCUGUUAACGCUGUUUUCCUAAUUGCAAUCACUUUCCCUAGUUCCACACAGGUCACUGGAGUGGCAAAAUUGACUAAGACAGAUUGCAGGCUAUCCCCAGUUUCUGUUGCUUUAAUGCUGAGAAGAGGCAAUGCAUACUGUCCCAAGUGGGUGGAGGGGGGGGUUUUGUUGGAUUUUUUUUUUUUAAGGAAAUGUUCUUGAAAUGGGCAGGAGGCCAUUUCUAUGCGAAAGUGGGUCAUCUUUUCUUUUUGAGAAACUGAAUAAAUGCCCGUAUGAAUAGCUGGCUCAGCAGAUAUUUUACAUUUCUCAUUUUGCAUACUGAAUAAAAACUAUUAAAAAUAACAUGGGGAUUUUUUUCAGUAUUGUACCAGGUGUAUUUGUGGGGGAGCAGAAUGUGCUGCAUCUUAAGGGCACUCUUCAGGUAUUCAGUCGCUGCCUGUGACAAUCACAACAAGGUGGAACUCUGGCUGAAGCAGCAGCACCGGCCACGCUUUUGGGAGCAAGCCAGUAGGUAGUUUUGAAGUGGUAUCAAAAGCUGCAAAAGCAGCUUGUCCGGACACCAUGGUGGGGCACAGAAAUUAAAGUGGGCAUGGAAGACAAGGAAGGCUUUCCAAAACCACAUCUGAAAAGCUAUCAUUUGUACACAGCCUAUCACUCAGCAAAGCAUUUAAGAACCUGCCCAAGUCCUUGCACACUUUGGCCCCUGGUUGCAACUGCAUUGUGCAUUUGGCUUAUUGCUCACCUGCUUUUCAUCUGUGGAAAUCUUGCCCUAAAGGGGGUUCUUCUCUUGCCUUAGGGGACUUGUGCAAUAGAUUUUUUCUUCUUCAAUUUAGCAGGCCGCUUCCAUGUACUCUUGAUUACAAGCAGCAACAAGAAACUGUGCUUUGGCUAUUGAUGGUAUUUGAAAAGUGUCUAAGUUGCUGGUGGUAAUCUCUGAAAAUAUGUGCUAAGCUUCCUUGUGAUAUUAUAUGGUUUUGUUGAGAACUCUUUUCUUUUGAGAACUCUCGAGCAUGAUCUGUGGCUUCUGCAAACAUAUAGAAAUCUCUUUGUCAAGACGGGGUGCCAUUAAACCACUUCACCGAGCAGAAGUUAAUUACAUAAUUGUAGUGUUUCUAUCUGUGUCUUCAUUGCUUUUGCCUUUUACAUCUUAAACUAUCAGUUGUUUUUGUUAAAUAAAUUAAAUGCACAAUUUAGCAGUGGGAUGUAUGUCACUAAUAGCAGAAUUUUGAAAGGUCAUUUAUUUUCAUUGUUGAAUAAUUACGGAUGAUUUCUGCCUACAGAAGUUAUGAUCAAAGAAGUCUUUAAACAAAGGAAAUGUAUAUAAAUGUCUAUUUUAUAUAAAAAUUAUAAUGUGUC